UUCAGUAAGAACCUAGUUUUCUGGUAAAAAAACAGAAAAAUAUUUGUGCCACUUACCAAAUUACUGUACAAAAUCUUACAAAAUGUCCAAGGAUCUGCAGAAACUCCAGAAAGCUGGCAAGAAGGCAAAGGAGUUGAGUCCAUCCUGUGUGGAGGAUUUGGCCAACCAGCUCUUCGACAAGUCCAAACUGAUGAGCUUGUCGAUUAAGGAGCAGCGAAAACUUUUGCAAGAGUAUCUCAGUUCAAAAAUCGAGGAUAGCGAUAAGAGCGACGAAGAGGAGCAAGGUGAAUCGGACUCUAAUGAUUCUGAUUCCACCAGCGAUGAGGAUGAUUCUUCUUUUUCCGAAUGCUGUGCUGUUCUGUUUUCCGAUACUGAUGACGGAACCGAGAGCAGCUAUGAAUCCAGUUCGGAAGCUAUUGAAGAUGAGGAGGAUUCCACGAAGUCCUUAGUACCCUUUCAAAUGCCUAAAAAAAUCGUGAAAGUUUCGCCCUCGUAUCUCAAAAAUCGGGAGUACGCCACGAAUUCGGAAGAGCAAAUUCCAGAAGAAGAAUCCCUAAAAACAAACCCUGUAAAUCCUAGAAAAUCUUCUCCAAAACCAUCUUCUCGCAUCCAACGUCGCCUUACAAUGGUCGGUGGUUUGGUAGCUCCUCGAACUGAGAACUCAUCCAAAUCCAAAAAAAUCAAAUCAAUUCCAAUUAUGGAAAGUCAAAUGCCCAUUGAAAAACGAAGUGUCAACGACUCAGUCAAAUCCAAAGGUAGCGGACUUUUCAAGGAAAUUCCCAAGCCAAUAAUUAGGCUUGCCGAUCCCAGGAGCUAAUUUCUUUUGUAACAUUUGUAUCCAAAUAAUUGUAUAAUAAUUAAUAUGUAACUGCUCAAACCUAAUAUAUAAUUAAGCAUAAUAUAAUCUUUGGCUCUAUCCUUAAAA